AUGGCUGUGGGCUCUUUCGCUGCUCCGCGAGAUGUGGGAGGCGAAGCUGAAGCCCAACAUCACCCAUCUUCAGCUACAAUGCUGGGAUCAGCGCGUGCGAUAAGAGCCAGCAGUGGCAGUGGGCUUUGGCGCUGCUUAGCGAGCUGCGGGGGGCGAAGUUGGAGCCCGACGUCAUCUAUCUACAGCGCGGGGGUCAGCGCGUGCGAUCAGGGCGAGCAGUGGCAGCGGGCCUUGGCGCUGAUUAGCGAGAUGCGGCUUGCGAAUAUAGAGCCCGACGAGAUCACCCUCAACGCUGGGACGACCGCGUGCGCUCGGGGCGAGCAGUGGCAGCAGGCUCUGUCGCUGCUCAGCGAGAUGUGGGAGGCGAAGUUGGAGCCCACCGUCUUCAGCUGCUGCGUUGGGGUCAACGCCUGCGCUCUUGGCGAGCAGUGGCAACGGGCGCUGACGCUGCUCAGCGAGGGUCGGCGAAUGUAA